AUGAUGGUGGUUUAUGAUCCGGCUUGUCGUAUCUCAUCCAAAAAGGCCUUGCAUCACGCAUACUUCAAUGGAAUCGAAGAAAAACUCGAAGAGUUGGGCUGGGAAACUCUCCCGCAUCCGCCAUAUUCUCCGGAUAUUUCUCUUUCAGAUUACCAUUUAUUUUGCUCAAUGCGAAAUCAUUUGGCUGGAAACAGGUUUAAAGAUGUUCAAGAGGUCGAAAAAUGGUUAACCGACUUCUUUGCCUUCAAACAAGCCAAUUUUUACGCCGAAGGAAUUCAUUCUUUGCAUGGAAGAUGGAAACAAAUAUUGUUAACAUAUGGUGAAUAUAUUGUUGAU